AUGUCUUCGAACAACCAGAAGCAAUCGACCACGCAACGGAUGAUACAAGCCGUACCGUUUCCACCGAGCAACAAAUUAACCAUAGCAGAGGUGUUCGAUCCGCGGACGGCGAAACCGCGACCGGACACUCUGAAGCAACAUUUCAUAUUGGAAGGCAGGAUCGACGAGGCGGCCGCCCUCAGGAUCAUCAAUGAAGGAGCGGCGCUGCUUCGGGCAGAAAAAACCAUGAUAGAUAUAGAAGCUCCCGUCACAGUAUGCGGAGAUAUUCACGGUCAAUUUUAUGACCUAAUGAAACUAUUCGAAGUAGGUGGACCACCUGCUAGUACGAAAUAUCUUUUUCUCGGCGACUACGUCGAUAGAGGUUAUUUUAGCAUAGAGUGUGUGUUGUACCUGUGGGCAUUGAAGCUGUGCUAUCCUACUACGCUUUUUCUUCUUCGUGGUAACCACGAGUGUCGACAUUUGACAGAAUACUUCACAUUUAAACAGGAAUGUAAAAUUAAAUAUUCAGAACGUGUAUAUGAAGCAUGCAUGGAGGCGUUCGACUGUUUGCCACUCGCCGCCCUUAUGAAUCAACAGUUUCUCUGCGUACAUGGCGGUUUAUCGCCGGAAAUUCACAAUUUAGAUGAUAUACGAAGGUUAGACAGAUUUAAAGAACCGCCCGCUUUCGGACCAAUGUGCGAUCUAUUAUGGUCGGAUCCAUUAGAAGAUUUCGGUAACGAAAACAACUCCGAACACUUUUCCCACAAUACUGUCAGAGGCUGUUCGUAUUUCUACAGUUACGCUGCUUGUUGUGAUUUCCUCCAAAAUAAUAAUCUUCUAUCGAUAAUUAGAGCACAUGAAGCCCAAGAUGCCGGGUAUAGGAUGUACAGAAAAAGUCAAACGACAGGCUUCCCUUCAUUAAUUACGAUAUUUUCAGCACCAAAUUAUUUGGACGUCUAUAAUAAUAAGGCGGCUGUACUGAAAUACGAAAAUAACGUAAUGAAUAUUCGACAAUUCAAUUUUUCACCGCAUCCGUACUGGCUGCCGAACUUCAUGGACGUGUUCACGUGGUCGUUGCCCUUCGUCGGCGAGAAAGUCACAGAGAUGCUCGUCAACGUGCUCAAUAUCUGUUCGGACGACGAGCUCGUCUCGGACGGCGACGACGCCUUGGAGGAAGGUAGGUACAGCAGCAAAUCUCCGAAAAGAAGUUAUUAGGAACAAGAUCAGAGCGAUAGGAAAAAUGGCCAGGGUAUUCUCAGUACUAAGGGAAGAAAGUGAAUCAGUACUUCAACUCAAAGGACUCACGCCAACAGGAGCGUUACCUUUGGGAGCAUUAUCAGGGGGCAAGACAAGCCUCAAAAACGCGUUGCAAGGAUUCUCGCCGAAUCACAAGAUCACGAGUUUCGCCGAGGCGAAAGGUUUGGACGCGAUAAACGAACGCAUGCCGCCUAGGAAAGACGCGCCGCCGUCCCCUUCUGGCGAAGACAACUCUCAAGACCACAAUCACACUCAGACAAAUGCGCAUUCGUGA